UUUAACCUAAGCAGCUGUGUCUAACUAGAAGAAAAUUAGAAACGUUUUAAAAUUAUGUUUUUUUUUCUCUAAAACAUUGAUCUGAAAUUUAGUACAUUCUUUAAGCUGUAUUACAACAAAUUUGGAAAACUUCACAUAAGUAGCUCAACAUAAAGUGGAUACCAUCUUUGAUGUGUUCGGUCACUAAUUAUCUCUUCAAUCAUUAUACAGUUUUUCUUAAGUGUUAGUUAUCUAUGGUGAACGUGUUUCGUCACCAAUCUUAAGGUUUCGCCACCAAUCAUCCGUACAAUCCAUCAUACAAACAUCGCGACAGUCUUCUAUGCAGGUGAUGACCCCGCCGCGACAACCGGAACUGGACGUUGUGGUCAAGCGGCUGGAGAACUACCUCAACUCCUCCGUCCACGAGUACCUGUCCAGCCUGGUCCGGAACCUGAGCCCCGUGUCACGUCUGCCCAACCCCGCCCACCUCCUCCCCAAGAACACCGUCACAGGCAUCGAGUGCGUCAUCCUACCCCCGGUACUCUAUUUCCUCACAAUAGGCCUCGUCUUAGUCUUGGUAUUUCUCUACUUCAAGCACACCGACACAAAUGGCGCCGAAUCUGGCCAAAGUCUGGAAUCGUCUUCCCGGCAGUUGGAUCUCAUCAGCAACACUUUGAAUAGAAAUGUCGACGCCGCGACGCCACUUCCGGUUAUUCUCGGCCGGACUUACGUUAAAAACGAACGCGGGGCUCAGCUGUCGAAAAAUUCGUCGUCUGCGUCAAGUUCGACAAUGUCGUUUGGAGAGAUGGUAGAUUUCAGGCGCGUAGACGCGGACGGUUUAAAUACUAGUCCAACAACUCCUGGAGUUGUGAAGGGGAUGAAGUAUUUAUCAACGAGCCGGGAGGAAUUGUACUCGGCUAGACACGAGAUGCAAAAAUUGAAAAGUUCCGGAGCGAAAUCAGCGUCGAUGGGUAUUCAAGAUGAAAGCACUUCCGGUAACGCCAUUAGGGCAGACAUGUGCUACCGGCUGGUCUGGUUGUCCGGGGAUGACGACUUCAACACGUCAAGUCAACAGCAGACAGGACAAGAAUCGUGUCACGUGAUUAACAAGGACAACACCAAUCACAACACGAGUGACGCGUCCUACAGACCGAACAAAUUUUACGAGAAUCCCGUUUUCUCCAGCGAGAUGGAAAACGACGUCUCGUCUCAAGAAUACGAGACCGAUUUUUUUCAUCUGAAAUCUGUAGGAAACCCUAAAAGUUCGUGUUUCGAGAAAACUCUCAGUAUAACCAAGAGUAACUUCCCUUGCUGCAAUGAUCAGCCGUCGGUAUCCAGCACUCCAAUAGAGAAAAAACACGCAGCUAAAAAUAGAACAUCCAAACCAACCAAGUCGGGUAAAGGCCUAUUUACAUCCCGCACAAGAAGUCAACUGUUUCCUCCACUACACGUCGAACCUCGGCUAUCCGGGAACGAAUCCCACGGAGACGAGUGUCCAGGCGAGCCCAACUGUUGCGGGGUGUGGGAGAUUGAUGACUCACAGCUGUGGUUCCAGCCGACUCAGGAGACCAGCCAGGAGAUGACGUCGACUUCCGGUACGACCAACAGCUACUGCGUCGACGCCGUGGAGCAGCUGGAGCACAGCGGAUCGACCGACGCCAGCUCUUGUUUCAGUAGUUCCAUUAGUCUGCCCAGUAGUAUCCUAAGGUUCCAUGCCAGCAGAACUCGAUCCGAGGCGCUCCCUACCUCGUGCUACCCUUUCAGCAGCACCAUCCUCGAGGAUGUGACGUCAUCCAGCGGACCAUCGGACGACGUCUGCACCGAGGCGACGUCUUUGUUCGCGCAGGUCGGCAGCUACAGCCAGACGGCCAGCCUUCUGCUGGAUCAGCAGACGGCUCUCGCGCAGGGGACGUGCGGCAAGGGCGACAGCUCCACAUCCGGGUCAAAGGUCAACCCGUUGGUUAAAAAAAUGGCGGGUCCCGGGCGUGGUCACGUGACCGCCGAGCAGAGGCUGAGCGAGUUCGGGUUCAUCAAGGCCAGCGGGUCCCACGGGUUCGUGGUCAACCCGUCCCCGGGCAAGUUUUACCGGCAGGAUUCUUUACAACAUUUGUUGGACGGGGGGUCAAGGUCAAAGAUCAACACGCCCGUUCUACUACAAGAUCCAGAAGAUCACGAGACCUCGUACGUGGAUCUUGAAGCGUAUCUGACGUCUGACGAGAGUCGCUAUCACUACACGGACAACAGUCCCGCUCAGUCGUCUGCCGACCAGCAUCCAGCUUCAGACACGUCCGGGUUUGGUGCCAAAAAACUUGAGGACAAAAACAACAAUCGCAUGUAUCGGGGUGAGAGGUCACGUGAAAGGUCAUGCGAAAGGUCACUGCAACGAUGGAGCGAUCUGUCUUAGCUGGGAAGCGGUAAUUUAAAAACAUGAAACGUAAAAUUAAAAACUGUUGUAGAAACUAUAUGAAACUAUGCACAAGGAACGCAUAGCACAAAGAGUAGGCCUAUUACGUCCUUUUUCGAAUGAGGACAACAAAAGUAAGAAAAAAAUGUACAGAAUAUCAUCAGUUUCAACAUUUUAUAGACAUUUCCAAUUCUGGAACAUUCCAUGGUGUUGAGGGGUUAAGCAUAAUUUCAUCAUUUGCGGUCUGCUUUAUCACGCUUUGAGCCAAACUCAGCUUAUUUCAAUGACGAUCUUAAUUUAGUAUCGUAAGAUACGCCUCAUCUUUUCAAGAAAAUGUGUAACCCAGAUGGGGUAUUAAUAAAAAUAUGUACAACACUAUUUGAAUGUAUGUUGAUAAAAUAAACUCUUGAUUACAUUAUAUGACUU